GUGGAUCUCAGAAACCAGAUCAAUCGCAUCAUCUUCUAGCAUCAGUCACCUGAUCCUACAGAUCACAGUUCAGUUUUUGUGUGAAAAAACUUCAACCAGUUCAACAACAUGAAGGUUACUUUCGCUCUUGUCGCCCUUGUCGCCGUGGUUUUGGCCGAGCCACCAGUGCCAUCCAGCCAAUAUCUCCCCUCCAACCAGUACGGACCCCCAAGCAACCAAUACGGACCCCCAAGCAACCAAUACGGACCACCAAGCAACAGCUAUGGAGCCCCAGCCCAAACCCAAGCAGUAAUCCGACCAAACACCCAAUACGGAGCACCCACCAACAACUACCUCCCCCCCAGCAACAACGGAGGCUACGGCUACGAAGACAGAACUGAACCAGCCAACUACCAAUUCGAAUACAAAGUCGACGAUCCAGCUUCUGGCAAUGACUUCGGACACGAAGAACAACGUCAAGGAGAUGUCGCUCAAGGCAGGUACUACGUUCUUCUUCCCGACGGCAGAAGGCAGGUCGUAGAAUACACCGCUGACAGUGAAGGUUACAAGCCAAAGAUCACCUACGAGCAAGUCAACAACGGCUACGGCAGUGGACGCCCAAGCAACGGUGGAUACCAAUACUAGAAAAAUCCCAACUAGAGCCAUCUUGAUGUUUUCAAGCAUCGCCCCAUCGGAACCUUUCUGAACAGCUCAAUAUCUUCAACUUUGCCUUACCUUCUACCCUUCCUUCUUACAGAAUCAUCUCUGAUUCCCCCUAGUCACAGUAUUAUCCGAUGGCAAGAUGUUUGGAACCAUCUGACGUUUCAGUAUUUUGUCCUAUAUUUCGCAGGGCAUUACGAGUAUAGCUUUAAUAAUUGAUAGUAUCCCAGUAGAAUACGGUUUAUUUUUGAUCUUGGUACGAAUUGGAUUUAGACGAGGAUUGACUAAUGUGAAUAUUUCCCAAUAUCGCAUUGUAUGUUAUACGUUUUUGUAUUAUAUUAUAUGCCAUAUUUAUUUUAUAUAGAAAGAUUUAUUAUAUAUAAGAUUUGUGUGUAUAAUGUACAUUAUAUUUUUUAAUAAAUAAUCUGCAAGUCAACUUUGGCCUUUUCAUAGCCCACCUGAUUCUUAGAAAACUUCAAUAAUUAAUACUUAAUACUCUUUCAUUAAUAUCUUAUUUCUAAAAUAACUACGCAAAUUUUUGAUAUUUUUAUUCC